CUGAACGCCUCUGUGAUAGAGCGACUUAUCUGCCUUCCUAAUGCGGACCGGAUCUUGGAUUCUCGAACCCGUGGGCUCCUACCUACACCACGCUAGGUAUACAAUGUUGGUACUACUAGACCAUGGUCUAGGUAGGUAGUGCAUUAUCAGCCCCUCGGCCGUUUAGCGUACCAGAACACUAGCACUAUCCCUCCAGAUACGGAGCCGGUCCCUUGGAUAUGCUCUGCCCUUGCCACUGGCCCGUGGGUGUAUUGAAUGUCUUGCCCGCUCUGUGAGUUCACUGGUCGCCAAGGAGAUUGGUCAUAGGCCACACUCGCAACCAUGGCAUCAACUGAGGCGCGUGAGGCCCAUGUGGCCGACACCAUUCCCUCCCCUGUGGAAGUGAAUGCCGACGAGAAGUACGACGACAUCAAGGUCGAUGAGAAGGAGAUUGCUGAGGAGCUCGACCUCUACGUCCCUUUGAAGUUGGACCCCAACAUUCCCUUCGAAGAGAACCCUCUAACUGCUCGUGCUGUUAUCGUGGGUAUCCUGCUGGGUGCUCUUGUUAAUGCGUCUAAUUUGUAUCUUGGUCUCAAGACUGGUUUCACCUUCUCUGCCAAUAUCUUUGGCUCCAUCUUCGGGUACGGUAUUGUCAAACUCAUGUCGAAGCACUGCCACAACUGGCCAAUUCUGGGAGGCAGCUUCGGCCCUCAGGAGAACUCCAUCAUUCAGGCCGCGGCGACCGGUUCUGGAGGUAUCGCAGGUAUCUUCGUCGCUGGUAUUCCUGCCAUCUACCGACUCCAUGCCAUUGAGGGCACACCUCAAGAGAAUUUCGGCCCCCUGAUCACAAUCACACUCGUGUGCUCUUUCUUUGGUUUGUUCUUCGUCACACCGCUCAGAAAAUUCUUCAUUAUUCGGGUGGCUCGCGAGUUGAAGCUACUUUUCCCCACACCCACCGCCGUGGCCCUGACUAUCCGGUCGAUGCAUGCUGGUGCUGCAGGUGCACAGGAAGCUAUCAGCAAGCUCAAGGCUCUGUCUCUGGCUUUCUCUGCCGCUCUUAUCCAGCGUGUCGCAUCGUAUUACGCCAUUGGUAUCCUGUACGAUUGGCAUCCGUUCACCUGGAUCCACAUCUGGAGUAAGGGAACCAGCUGGGCUCUCAACAUCGAGUCCUGGGGUUGGUACUGGGAGUGGACUCCUGCUUUCAUCGGUAGCGGUAUUCUGAUCGGUAUGAAUGCAGCCAUCUCCCUGUUCGCUGGUGCCAUCCUCGCAUGGGCAAUCAUCGGACCCGUGCUCGUGCACUACGGCGAGUGCGUUGGAAAGCAACUAUACCCAGACCGGCCAUACUGGGAUUCACUAUACACUUUCGCAUCACUUAGCAACCUUGGUCACGAGACUCCCAGCCCGCGAUAUUGGCUUCUAUGGCCCGGUGUGUUGAUCAUGGUGGCGACCUCCAUCGCCGAGCUUCUCGUACAGUACAAGGUUCUUAUCCAUGCUGGCAAAUCUACUUGGAAAGCUAUUUGCAGCGGUCUGAACGAUGCUAAAAUCAAGCUUACUGGCAAGUCAUCUCCCUACCUUGAAGCCCAGGCCAGCAAAUACUCGGAUGAUCCCAACAUGGUUCAAGAUUCGGCUCGGCCUGAGGACCAGGUCCCCAUUUGGCAGUGGUCGCUCGGCCUUAUCGCGAGUAUCGUUGUAGCCAUCAUUGUCUUCCACUACCAGUGGGGCAUGAACCCUGGCUUGACUAUCCUGGCCUGCUUGCUUGGUUUCCUGUUCUCGUUCCUAGCCAUCCAGAUCGGUGCCGUGACGGACCAGACACCUCUCACUGCAGCUUCCAAGGCCAGCCAGCUUAUCUUCGGUGCUGCUACGUCAGGCAAGGGUUAUUCGAUCGUGGAUGCGCAGAGAAUCAACCUUGUUGCUGGAGGUCUCGCUUCAGGUGCCGCCGAUGUGGGUAAUGCGUUGACAUCUGAUUUCCGUACCGGUUUCCUGCUCGGCACGCCCCCGAACAAGCAGUGGUACGCCCAGUCGAUGGGUACACUCAUCAGCGUGUUCUUGGCUCCUGGUCUCUUCGUCCUCUUCACCACCGCCUACCCUUGCAUUCUCGAUGGUAACGAGGACUGUCCGUUCGGUGUCCCCUCGGUGGCUGCUUGGGCGGCUGUAGCGCAGGCUGUGACUGACCCGGCUGUCAGCAUCCCGUGGACGUCGGGUAUCUUCUCCAUCGUCAUUGCGAUUGUGUGCGUUGGGCAGGUCAUUGUCCGCCACUUCUACCUCGUCGGUGAGCGUGAGUGGAUCCGGGACUACCUCCCCAACUGGGGUGCCAUCGCGCUGUCGUUCGUGCUGCCCAGCCCCGUGUUCACGACGGCGUCACUCUUCGGUGCGCUCCUGGCCUAUGCAUGGAGGAAGUGGAAGCUCUCAUCGUUUGAGCUCUACGGCUAUGCCGUGGCUGCGGGUUUCAUUGCCGGCGAGGGUCUCGGUGGUGUCGUGGGCGCCAUCCUCCAGAUUGCUGGAGUCUCGGGCGAUGUCUACGGCACCAAUGUUGGCUGCCCGGCCAAUUCUUGCUAGAAAAGGACGGCCGAGGAGGAGAGGAGGCUGUGAUGGCCGGAUGAUGAAUGCUAUACCCUGUUACGGCGAAUGAUGUAAUGUAGUUCAUAGUUUUAAGAUACCACAUCUCAUUGAGAUAUUUCAACGUCCCCCUUGGUCUUGUUCUGCUUGUUGAAUCAUGUAAUGGUAUAACUGUCUGAGGUCCAUAGUGAACAGGUUGCCGUCAUGUUGGUCCUCUCGACCAGCAGAUGUGUCAGUCGAGAAGCGAU